AUGCUCUAUCUUACUCUUUUUCUCCUUUUCUUUUGUUCUCUUACUCUCUACCGUUCUUUCUUUUCCCACUAUUUCAUUUGUGCUCUUACUUUAUCAUUUUCGCUCUCUCUCUCUCUCUCUCUCUCCCACUCUUUCUCUUACUUUUUCUCUUGCUCCCUUCCAUAUUUUUCUUUCUUUCUUUCUUUCUUUCUUUCUUUCUUUUGCUUUCUUACAUUUUCACGCUAUUUGUUUCGCUCUCUUUUUCUUCUUUUCGUUUGCUCCCUUUCCUUUCCUUCAUCUCACUCUCUCCUUUGUGCCCUUACUUUCUCAUUUUUAACCUUUUGUCUUUCUCCUCUUCUCCUCUUUUCUCUUUCUUUCUUUUUUGCACCCUUAUUUUCUCUCCCAUUAUCACUUUUUCUCUCCUUUUCUUUAUCUUUUUUUCACUUAUUCUCUUUUUCCCUCUCUCUUCCUGUUACAAAGAAACACCGCCUUUUUUUACCAGCAACAGAAUCUUUUUUCCUUAUGAGAACAUUUUACUAA